UUGCAUAUCUCUAUCAGAAGUAGAUAGAUAGAUCUUUUGUGAGAGAUUGAUAUGCCAAGGCUGAACCACAGAGAAAAUUAUAAGUGAAAUAAAACUAAUAAAUAAACUCUCUUUGCCUUGAAAGAGUGGUUUCGAAGAGUAGUUACUAGCUCUGGUUGUUGUGUGUGAUUUUAAUCGAUUUGGAGAGGUUUUGAUGGUUGCGGAGAAAUAAUGGAGACUCAGUACAUAAGUAGACACCACAAGCACGAUCCUAAGGAAAACCAGUGCACUUCGGUCAUCUUCUUACACAUCAAAGCCCCUAUUCAUCUGGUUUGGUCACUGGUGAGGAGAUUUGAUCAGCCACAGAAUUACAAGCCCUUUGUCAGCAGGUGCUUUAUGCAGGGUGACCUUAACAUUGGAAGUGUCAGAGAGGUGAAUGUCAGGUCAGGGCUUCCGGCCACAACAAGCACAGAGAUGUUGGAACUACUUGAUGAUGAGGAGCAUAUCCUUGGCAUCAGGAUCGUCGGUGGUGAUCACAGGCUUAAGAACUACUCUUCAGUUAUCACUGUCCAUCCAGAGAUAAUUGAUGGGAGACCAGGGACGUUAGUGAUCGAGUCAUUUGUGGUUGAUGUGCCUGAUGGGAACACUAAAGAUGAGACUUGUUUCUUUGUCAAGGCCCUGAUCAACUGCAACCUCAAAGCUUUGUCUGAAGUCUCUGAGAGGAUGGCCAUGCAGGAUCGUGCUGAACCCCUUCAACGGAGAGUUGGUGAGUUAGGGUGAUAACUGUUGUUAUACUGUUCAAGGUUUCAGUUGGUUGGGGCAGAUCUUCAAUCGCCAGAAGUUCUGCAUCUCUCUUGCCUUAUAAGUGAUACUGGGGUUUUCCUUCUGUUUGUAGGCCACGGAUUGUAUGAAAGAAAGAAUUAGGUUCUCUUCUAUUGUUGUAUUCCUGGGUUUUGAGCAGUUUAGUAUAUGUUAUCUGCUUUGUUUGCUUGUUUGUAAUAUGCAUGUAAAAAAUAUAAUGUUGGGUCUCUAUUGACUGGAUUUUGACAUUGUAGGAUUUAGUUUGAGCCCUUUCGAUAGCUGUGUUGAUUUUAUGUGAGUCUUGUAUAUACUAUGUAUGCAACUCGUCCUAGUCUUUAUAGCAGAUAACUGUUAUUGCUUUCA